UAGGUCGAGUCCUUGCCGGCUCCGCCGCCUCACCGAACGAUGCCUCCGCCUUCCCGCCUGCUGGCCCUCCUCACCGCCGGCAACCCGCCGCCGCUCCGCCUUCUCCUUCAGCUCCACGCGCACCUCCUCGUCUCCGGCCUCCUCUCCUCCCCAUCCCCCUUCGCUCCCCGUCUCGUCUCCGCCUUCGCACUCACCGAACUCGCCUCCCCGCGCCCGCUCCUCCACGCGCUCGCCCUCCUCGCAUCCCUCCCCUCCCCGCCGGACUCCGCGUCCCCCUACAACGCCGCCCUCCGCGCGCUCUCCCUCUGCCCGCACCCGCACCUCCUCGACCGCCACUGCCUCCCGCUCUACCGCGCCCUCCUCCGCUCCGGCUCCGCGAGGCCGGACCACCUCACCUUCCCCUUCCUCCUCAAGGCCUGCGCGCGCGUGCGGGAGCGCUUCUACAGCGGCGGCGCGGUGUGUGCGCACGUUACCAGGCUCGGCUUCAACUCGGACGUCUUCGUGGUGAACGCCGCUAUGCAUUACUGGUCUGUUUGUGGGUCCAUGGUGGACGCCCGCAAAUUGUUCGAUGAAAGUCCCGUGAGGGACGUUGUCUCGUGGAACACGCUCAUUGGCGGGUAUGUUCGGAGGGGUCUCCCUGGAGAGGCGCUGGAGGUGUUUUGGAGGAUGGCGGAGGAAGGAACAGGGAGGCCGGAUGAGGUCACGAUGAUUGGGGUCGUGUCAGGCUGUGCUCAGCUGGGUGAUUUGGAACUUGGGAAGAGGCUGCAUGAGUUUGUGGAGUGUAACGGGGUGAGGUGCACUGUGAGGCUGAUGAAUGCGUUGAUGGAUAUGUAUGUCAAGUGCGGUAGUUUAGAGCUGGCGAACUUGGUGUUUGAAAGGAUGGAUACCAGAACUGUAGUUUCUUGGACAACAAUGAUUGUUGGGCAUGCAAGGCUUGGGACGAUGGAUGAUGCACAGAAGCUGUUUGAUAAGAUGCCCGAAAGGGAUGCAUUCCCGUGGAAUGCUCUGAUGGCUGGUUAUGUACAGAGUAAGCAGGGCAAGGAGGCUAUUGCGUUGUUUCAUGAGAUGCAGGAAGCAAAGGUGGCCCCAAAUGAGAUCACAAUGGUCAAUCUACUAUCUGCUUGCUCUCAGCUCGGAGCAUUAGAAAUGGGGAUGUGGGUUCACCAUUACAUUGACAGACAUCAGCUUUCUCUUAGUGUUGCUCUUGGCACAUCUCUAGUUGACAUGUAUGCAAAGUGUGGCAACAUCAAGAAAGCCAUAUGUAUUUUCAAAGAGGUCCCAGAGAAAAAUGCUCUCACUUGGACAGCAAUGAUCUGUGGUCUGGCAAAUCAUGGGCACGCAAAUGAGGCCAUAGAGCACUUCCGGAGAAUGAUAGAGCUUGGAUUACAGCCGGAUGAGAUUACGUUCAUUGGGGUUCUCUCUGCAUGUUGUCAUGCUGGUUUGGUUGAAGAAGGUCGGGAAUUUUUCUCCCUAAUGGACUCAAAAUAUCACCUCAAGAGGAAAAUGAAACAUUAUUCAUGCAUGAUAGAUUUGUUAGGCAGAGCAGGGCAUUUAGAUGAAGCAGAAAAGCUAGCAAACACCAUGCCUAUGGAUCCUGAUGCUGUAGUUUGGGGUGCUCUCUUCUUUGCUUGUAGGAUGCAUGGUAAUAUCACUCUUGGUGAAAAGGCAGCAAUGAAAUUGGUAGAACUUGAUCCAAGUGAUAGUGGAAUCUAUGUGCUACUGGCUAAUAUGUAUGCGGAGGCAAACAUGAGGAAGAAGGCUGACAAAGUGAGGGCUAUGAUGAGACAUUUGGGAGUGGAGAAGGUUCCUGGAUGUAGUUGCAUUGAACUGAAUGGUGUAGUUCAUGAAUUUAUCGUGAAGGAUAAAUCACAUGUGGACACUAAUGCAAUUUAUGAUUGCUUACAUAAGAUCACGCUACAAUUAAGGCAUAACAUGAUCGACAUUUCAGCUACUGGCAUCAUAUAGCGUCGUUUUUUAGCCUAGAAACUGCUGGCCUAGCUCUGAGAUAUGGUAUGCUUGUUCUGUUCCACAACUCAAUCCUCUGAUGAAUUGUACCAGCUGGUCAGGCAAUGUGCUCAGAGAAGUGGAUUUUCUUAUGCUAAUCGAAAUUUGUGUCACCUCAAGAGCAUUUGUGGUCCUUUUGCAGCUUAACUGAGAUAAUGAUUUUGCAUGUUAAUGAAGAUAAUUAUGUCCAUGAUGGAUGCUCAAUGGAGCACAAUUUAUUAGAAGAACAGUGACAGAAGAGAGUAGCAACUUGCAAGCUGUGUGCCUGUAUAUUCAUAAGAUUAAGGAUGUUAGUAUGUUAUUGCCGCCGCAUGGAGCCACAUGCCAUAGUCUCAAAAGCAGCUCCGUUAUUGUCUUCCAACUACAACAGUUGCCUGCUGAUUGAGCUGUUGGAGGACCUCAAUAAGAUAUUAAUGAUGCUUUAGAUUCAAAUGGACAAUAUUCCCAAAUACAAGUGGCUGCAUCAUUGCUCGUUAAAUCAGGGACAAACCUCUUUUGAGAAGGAUGGCAUGAAAGGUUCCAGCAAACAAGUCAUGAGGUAGACAAGACCAACAGAAGUCUUCAUCACAGUUGUGCAACAAGGUGGAUCUUGUUUGUAAAGCUUCCAAAACUGACUCUCCUGCAUAUCCAGGAAAAGAUUAAGUGAACUCUGAGGUGGUUUAAUCAAUGCAUAAAGAUUCUCUGGAUAACAAGGCAUGAAGGCUUACUUGCAGGAGGUAUGAUGGAACCAUAUCCAGCUCCUGCAACAACAGUUCAGCAGUCAUGAGUUAAGAUGAUCAUACGGGAGAGACACAACAACUUCAGAGCACUGAUGCAUGCCAUGAUGAAUCUGAAAGCAUAUUCAAACCAGGACGCCCGAUUUGAGGUCCCUGGUGAUGCACCGAGGCUUGAGCCCUCCCUUGAGCCAAGCGUUGAUCACAUGGACGGCGUUCUGCGGAGGCCCCGUCGAUGUAGCUCUCCUGCUUCUCCUUAACAGAGUGCUUCAACAGCGUUAGCAAGUGAUAUGAAUACCAAAAGCAAGACUGGUUUACUGUAAUAAGCAAUUUUAGUUGGUUAAAUUUUAUUAGCAUCUGAUUACUAAGGUACAAGUUCGUACCAAAACUUACAUUACAGAAAACAGAAGAGAUAUAGCAGAUAUAGCAGAAGC